UAGAGAGAAACGAAGCCAGACUGAAACAGCAAACAAACCGAGAGAGAAAGAAAGAGCAAGAAAGCAGGAUGGAGGGAGAGAAAGAGAGGGCGACAGAGAGGGCAGACACUGUGAACAUGUGAGGGAUUUUAAAAAGACGACAGGAUCUGGGGUUUCUUUUUGAUUCUUGUCUUUUCUUUGUCGCUGGAUUGUAUUGAAGGAUUUCGGUAUGAACCCUGCAGAAGCGGCCGAGGAGGCGCCCAGCGACCCCGACACUGAUGCCUUCUACAAAACAGGGUCGUUGAGGACUGAAGGCAUCAAAGCGUCUGAUGUUCUUCCCGUCUUAAAGGAGAAAGUCGCCUUCGUUUCAGGUGGGCGAGACAAAAGAGGAGGACCAAUCCUGACAUUUCCUGCCAGGAGUAACCAUGACCGAAUAAAACAGGAAGACCUGAGGAGGCUGGUGACCUACCUGUCCACUGUUCCCAGUGAGGAUGUAUGUAAGCGUGGUUUCACUGUCAUCAUCGACAUGCGUGGAUCCAAGUGGGAAUUGAUCAAGCCGCUCCUGAAGACACUGCAGGAGUUUUUCCCAGCGGAGAUCUGCGUGGCGCUUAUCAUCAAACCUGACAACUUCUGGCAGAAGCAGAAGACAAACUUUGGCAGCGCAAAGUUCUCCUUUGAGACCAGCAUGGUGUCAGUGGAAGGUCUAGCCAAACUAGUGGAUCCCUCUCAGUUAACAGAUGACUUUGAAGGCUCUCUGGACUAUAACCACGAGGAGUGGAUGGACUUGAGAGUCUCUCUGGAGGAGUUCAUGUCCAACGCUGUUCACCUUCUGUCCAGACUGGAGGACCUGCAGGAGCUUCAGUCAAAGAAAGAGUUUCCUGCAGAUGUGGAGGGAUCUCGCAGGUUGAUAGAGGAGCACACACAGCUGAAGAAAAAGGUGCUGAAGGCUCCAGUGGAGGAAUUGGACCGGGAAGGUCAGAGGUUGCUGCAGUGUAUUCGAUCUAGUGAUGGCUUUUCAGGGAGAAACUGCAUCUCAGGCUCUGCUGACUUCCAGAGUUUAGUGCCCAAGGUGGCCAGUCUGCUGGAUAAGCUCCACUCCACGAGGCAGAAUCUCCAUCAAAUGUGGCACAUUCGGAAGCUUAAGCUGGACCAGUGUUUCCAACUGCGCCUCUUUGAACAGGACGCAGAGAAGAUGUUUGACUGGAUCAGCCACAACAAAGAAGUGUUCCUACAAAGUCACACAGAAAUUGGCAGAGGAUACCAACACGCUGUGGAACUGCAGACGCAACACAACCACUUCGCCAUGAAUUCAAUGAAUGCCUAUGUAAAUAUCAACAGAAUCAUGUCCGUGGCAAGCCGGCUGGCGGAGUCCGGUCACUACGCCUCCACACAGAUAAAACAGAUCUCAAGUCAGCUGGAUCAGGACUGGAAAAGUUUUGCUGCUGCACUCGAUGAGCGCUCCACCAUCCUUGCCAUGUCAUCUGUCUUUCACCAAAAGGCUGAGCAGUUUCUUUCAGAGGUGGAGACCUGGUGUAAAGUCUGUAGCGAGGGGGGGUUACCGUCUGAGAUGCAGGAGCUGGAAAUCGCCAUCCAUCGCCACCAGAGUCUGUACGAGCAGGUCACCCAGGCGUACACUGAGGUGAGUCAGGAUGGUAAAGCCUUAUUGGACGUCCUCCAGAGGCCUCUGAGUCCUGGCAAUUCUGAUUCGCUGACAGCCACUGCGAAUUACUCCAAAGCGGUUCACUGCAUCUUGGAUGUGGUUCACGAGGUUCUCCACCAUCAGCGACGUCUGGAAAAUAUUUGGCAGCAUCGAAAGGUCCGACUGCACCAGAGGCUGCAGCUGUGUGUGUUCCAGCAGGACGUCCAGCAGGUGAUGGACUGGAUCGAGAACCAUGGUGAGGCUUUCCUCAGCAAACACACCGGUGUGGGGAAGUCUCUUCACAGAGCUCGGGCCCUGCAGAAGAGACACGAUGACUUUGAAGACGUAGCCCAGAACACUUACACUAAUGCAGACAAGCUGUUGGAAGCAGCCGAGCAGCUGGCUCAGACCGGAGAGUGCGACCCAGAGGAAAUCUACAAGGCCGCCAGACACCUGGAGGUCCGAAUCCAGGACUUCGUCCGCCGAGUCGAACACAGGAAACUUCUGCUUGACAUGUCUGUGUCCUUCCACACUCACACCAAGGAGCUGUGGUCGUGGAUGGAGGAGCUCCAGAAGCAGCUGUUAGACGACGUUUGCUGUGAUUCAGUAGAUGCUGUUCAGAGUCUGAUCCAGCAGUUUCAGCAGCAGCAGACGGCCACGCUGGAGGCCACACUCAAUGUGAUUAAAGAGGGAGAGGAGUUAAUGCAGCAGCUCAGAGAUGCAGCCAUGUCAACCAAUAAGACACCACACUGCAGCUCCAUCGCUCACAUCCAGGGGGUGCUGCAGCAGCUGGAUGAAGCCCAGGGUCAGAUGGAGGAGCUGUUCCACGAACGCAAAAUCAAGCUGGACAUCUUUCUCCAGCUACGUAUAUUUGAGCAGUAUACCAUAGAGGUCACAGCUGAGCUGGAUGCCUGGAAUGAGGAUCUGUCCCGCCAGCUGAACGACACCAGCCGCUCAGGCAGCAGCAGUGGCAGCGGGGGAGGCGGCUCCUCUUCUGGCGGGUCGGAGGACAUCAGCCUGGCAGAGCAGAGGCUGAAAAGACACGCUGAGAGGAAGGCAGCCAUGAACAACAUGACCUACGAAGUGAUGCAGCAGGGCCAAGACCUGCACCAGUACAUCAUGGAGGUCCAGGCUUCAGGGAUCGAGCUGACCGGGGAGAAGGACAUGGACUUGGCCUCUCAGGUUCAGGAACUGUUGGAGUUCCUUCAUGAGAAACAGCAGGAGGUGGAGCUCAACGCACAGCACACGCACACACGGCUGGAGCAGACUCUGCAGCUGCGCCACCUACAGGCCGAGGUCAAACAGGUGUUGGGCUGGAUCCGUAAUGGCGAGUCCAUGCUAAACGCCAGCAUGGUGAACGCCAGUUCUCUGUCUGAGGCUGAGCAGCUGCAGAGAGAGCAUGAGCAGUUCCAGAUGGCUAUCGAGUCGCUCUUCCAUGCAAACUCUCUUCAGAAGACUCACCAGAGCGCCCUGCAGGUCCAGCAGAAAGCAGAGAUGGUUCUCCAGGCUGGUCACUAUGAUCCAGAGGCUAUCAGAAGCUGUGCAGAGAAGGUGGCUGUUCACUGGCAGCAGCUGAUGCUGAAGAUGGAGGACCGCCUGAAGCUCGUCAACGCCUCUGUGGCGUUCUACAAAACAUCCGAGCAGGUGUGCAGUGUGUUAGAAAGCCUGGAACAGGAGUAUCGUCGGGAUGAGGACUGGUGCGGCAGUCAUGACAAACUUGGAAUGUCGGCAGACACCGAUCAUCUUAUACCUCUGAUCAGUAAACACCUGGAGCAGAAGGAAGCCUUUCUCAAGGCGUGCACUCUGGCCCGAAGGAAUGCCGAGGUGUUUCUAAAGUACAUCCACAGGAACAACGUGAGCAUACCUGGAGCAGCCGGACACGCCAGAGGACCAGAACAACAAGUUAAAGCCAUCCUGAAUGAGCUGCUGCAGAGGGAGAACAGAGUCCUGCACUUCUGGACGUUGAAGAAACGAAGGCUGGACCAGUGUCAGCAGUACUUGGUGUUUGAACGCAGCGCCAAACAGGCUUUAGACUGGAUCCAGGAGACAGGUGAAGUUUACCUGGCCACUCAUACGUCACCUGGAGACAGCAGCGAGGAAACACAAGAGCUCCUCAAUGACUACCAUCACUUCAGACUUUCUGCCAAGCAAACGAAGGAGAAGGUGAAGCUUCUGAUCCAGCUGGCGGAUAAUCUGGUGGAGAAAGGCCACGCCCAUGUGUUAGAACUGAAGCGCUGGGUCAGCACGGUGGACCGCAGAUACCGAGACUUUUCUCUACGAAUGUCCAAGUACCAGGAGAGUCUGGAGAAGAGUCUGGGAGUCAGCUCAGAGGACAAUAAAGAUUUGGAGUUGGAUAUCAUCCCUGCCAGCCUUACAGACGACCCAGAGGUCAAACUACGGGACCCCAACCACGAGGUCAACGAGGAGAAGAGGAAGUCAGCCAGGAAGAAAGAGUUCAUCAUGGCAGAGCUCCUGCAGACAGAGAAGACUUACGUCAGGGAUCUCCAGGAGUGUUUGGAGACGUACCUGUGGGAGAUGACCAAUGGAGUGGAGGAGAUCCCUCCAGGGAUCGCCAACAAGGAGCACAUCAUCUUUGGCAAUAUGCAGGACAUCUACGACUUCCACAACAAUAUUUUCCUGAAGGAGCUGGUGAACUAUGAGCAGCUUCCAGAGGACGUCGGCCACUGCUUCGUCACCUGGGCUGAUAAGUUCCACAUUUACGUGGAUUACUGUAAGAACAAACCAGACUCUAGUCAGCUCAUACUGGAGCACGCUGGCACUUUCUUUGAUGACAUCCAGCAGAAACGUGGGCUGGCUAACUCGAUCUCCUCCUACCUCAUUAAACCAGUCCAGAGGAUCACCAAGUACCAACUACUGCUUAAGGAGUUACUGUCUUGCUGUGAGGAGGGUAAAGGAGAGAUUAAAGACGGUUUGGAGGUAAUGCUCGGUGUUCCUAAGAGAGCUAAUGAUGCCAUGCACCUCGCCAUGCUGGAGGGGUUUGAGGAGAACCUGGAGGUGCAGGGAGAGCUCAUCCUGCAGGACAGUUUUCAGGUUUGGGAUCCACGCUCGCUGAUCAGAAAGGGGCGAGACCGACACCUCUUCCUGUUUGAGUUCUCACUCGUCUUCAGCAAGGAAAUUAAAGACUCAGCGGGCAGAACCAAGUACCAGUACAAGAACAGACUACUGACAUCAGAGUUGGGGGUGACCGAACACAUUGAGGGUGAUCCUUGUAAAUUUGCUCUAUGGGCUGGAAGAACCCCCUCCUCUGAUAACAAAACGGUGCUAAAGGCAUCAAGUAUGGAAGCCAAACAAGAGUGGAUUAAAAACAUCAGGGAGGUGAUCCAAGAGAGGAUGACUCACCUGAAGGGGGCACUGAAGGAGCCUCUUCAUCUGCCUAAAACACCAGCACUGACCAAACCCAGGAACAACGCUAAGAGGGAGGGUGAAGACGGAGACAGUCAGGGAGAUGGCAGCAGCCAACCAGAUACCAUCUCUAUCGCCUCCAGGACGUCCCAGAACACAGUGGACAGCGACAAGCUCUCUGGUGGUUGUGAGUUGACGGUUGUCCUUCAGGACUUCACAGCAGGAUGCAGCACAGAGAUGACCGUCAGCACUGGCCAGACCGUGGAACUGUUGGAGCGGCCGAGCGAGCGGCCCGGUUGGUGCUUGGUCCGGACCACCGACCGCAGCCCGCCUCAAGAGGGACUGGUUCCCAGUUCGACUCUCUGUGUGUCCCACUCCCGCUCCAGCGUGGAGAUGGACUGCUUCUUCGGCUCAGGAAAAGAAAACUAUCCUGUCGGCAGCUCUGAUGGAAAGACAGAGUCAGUGGCGAACCUUCAGCCUCAGCCGUCCCUCAGCUCGCUGCAGUCCAGCUCUCCCGGUCCCAAACGCUCUGGCAACACUCUGAGAAAAUGGCUGACCAGUCCGGUCCGCCGCCUCAGCCAUGGCAGCUCUGUUAAGAAACUCCCCAACAACAAACAGAAGAAGACAGGACCAGGAACAGGAAGAGAGGAGAGCAGAAGGAGUAUUGAUCUGGGACAGCCUGACCUUAACCUGCAGGAGGACAUUAUCGAUGAGCGAGUCCUCAGUAAAGAUGGAAACCUCCUCUCUAAGACGCCCUCGGGGAUGCAGAGUGGCGGGGAAGAGGAGCAGGAUGAGGAGGCGCCCACCCCUCUGCCUCCUCCCAUGGAGAUCAUCAAAGACCCUUCAACUCAGGAAGAAAAGUCUUCAUCCUUGCUAACGUCUCUGCAGACGUCCUCUGAGGUGCCCAGCGCCGCAGAGCUGGUUAGCGCCAUAGAAAAACUGGUUAAAACCAAGAUGACUCUGGAACCUGGAGCGUACCCCGGCUUCUCUUCUCUCUCUCCACCAGAGCAAACAACCCCCGUCCAGCCUCGAAACCCUGAACUGGAGCAAAGAGCCAAAGCUAUGAGGGGACGGAUGUUUGUUUUGAAUGAGCUGAUUCAGACAGAGAAGGACUAUGUCAAAGACCUCGGCAUCGUGGUCGAGGGCUUCAUGAAGAGGAUCGAGGAGAAGGGCGUCCCUGAAGAUAUGAAAGGAAAGGACAAGAUCGUAUUUGGGAACAUUCAUCAGAUCUACGACUGGCACAGAGAUUUCUUUGUUGGAGAGCUGGAGAAAUGUCUGGAAGAUCAUGAACACCUUCCUGAGCUCUUUAUUAAACAUGAGAGAAGACUGCACAUGUAUGUGGUUUACUGUCAGAAUAAACCCAAAUCAGAGUUCAUCGUUGCAGAAUACGACACAUAUUUUGAUGGGAUCCAGCAGGACAUUCAGUCCAGGUUGUCCAUCAGUGACUUCCUCAUCAAGCCCAUCCAGAGAAUCACCAAAUACCAGCUGCUGCUUAAGGAUUUUCUGAAAUACAGCUCAAAGGCAGCCAUGGACUGUGAACAAAUCGAGAAAGCCGUAGAUUUGAUGUCUCAGGUCCCUAAAUUAUGUAACGACAUGAUGAACUUGGGUCGGCUGCAGGGAUACGAGGGUAAACUGACAAGUCAGGGUAAACUGCUGCAGCAGGAAACCUUCUUUGUGACCGAGCAGGACGCCGGUGUCCUGUCACGCUCCAAAGAGCGAAGAGUUUUCCUCUUCGAGCAAAUCGUCAUCUUCAGCGAGCUGCUCAGGAAAGGAUCUUCUACACCUGGGUACCAGUUCAAGAAGAGCAUCAAGAUAUCCUACCUGGGUCUGGAGGAGAGCGUGGACAAUGAUCCCUGUAAGUUUGUGUUGUCGUGUCGCGGCUCGUCAGAGCGUUUCACCCUGCAGGCCGCCAAUGUCGACAUCAAACAGGUCUGGGUCCGACACAUCCAGGAAGUCCUGGAUGCUCAGAGCAACUUCCUGUCUGCUCUGCAGUCUCCCAUCGAGUACCAGAAGGAGAAGAGCGGAGCAGGCAGCAGCUCCUCUCUAACCAGAAACCGUUCGAUGUCAGGAAACCGUACGGCCAUGUCAUCUCACAGCCGGCCAUCUUCAGCUGUCGGACUCGGCGACAAGGAGAUGGAGAGGGGGAGGAGCCAGAUGAAAAUGUCUACCUCCAACGGCGGAACGUCAUGCUUCGACUCCAGGGACCGUGAUGGCGGCUGUAACGGCGUCUCCUCCACCAUGACAGUCACUCAGGACUACUCGGCGCUCAAAGAGAACGAGAUCUGCGUCAGUCAGGGAGAAACCGUCCAGAUCCUUGCCACCAAUCAGCAGAACAUGUACCUCGUCUACCGGCCGGCCAACAGCCAAUCCCCUGCCGCGGAGGGCUGGGUCCCGGGACACGUCCUAGGCCCGCUCACAAAGUCCAUAAAAGACUCUACUUCUGCUACAUCUUUCUCUGCGGCGGUGGCUGAUGCACACAACAUCAAGAAGUCUCUGUCUUGGAAUACGCUGCGUGCCAGGAAGCGCGCUGAAGCUAGAGACUUCUCCUCGCUGGGGGUCAGAGGGCAGGAGAACGGCCUCCUCCGUAAGCCCAAAGAAACCACACCCCCUCCCACGCUCUCCUCCCCUGCCACCCGGGUGAAGGGCAAAGAGGUUCACACGUCAGACGAGUCCGACUGUGACGACGACCUCGACCCAAAGUCGGGCAUGGAGCUUCUGAAUCCAAACUUCAUCCAAGAAGUGGCUCCAGAGUUCCUGGUCCCCCUGUCAGACGUGGUUUGUGCGUUCGGAGAGACCGUGGUUCUCUGCUGUAAAGUCUGCGGCCGACCCAAACCCUCCGUCACAUUGAAAGGUCCAGACCAGAACCCUGUGACCAGCAACAGCCGCUUCACCAUCGACAUCAGGGACACUGGCGAUAUCUUGUUAAAGAUCUGUAACUUAAUGCCUCAGGAUACUGGUAUCUACACGUGUGUCGCUGUAAAUGACCACGGCUCUGCGUCCUCCUCUGCCUCCAUCAAAGUUCAAGGUAUCCCAGCAGCCCCUGGGAGGCCAGUGGCUCAGGAGGCAAGCAGCACAGCAGUGAUGAUCCACUGGCCGCCUCCGGCUUCAUCGGCUCACUGCUCAGUCAGCAGUUACACUGUGGAGUACAGACAGGAAGACUCGUUGAUUUGGCAGCAGGUGGCGAGCAGCAGAGAGGAGUGUGUUCAGAUUGACACUCUGAUCCCAGGAGGUCACUACCAGUUCAGAGUCAGAGCCUCCAACCGCUGGGGGGUCGGACCACCGUCCGAGGCCUCAAAUAUGGUCACGUUGUCCAGCACCAACUCAGGUUAUGAUGGAACAGGGAUCCAGUGGAAAGAAAACUUUGAGUCAAGUUUCACUGAGAUCUGUGAGAUUGGAAGGGGGCGUUUUUCAGUUGUGAGAAGAUGUCUCAACAAGUCUACAAAGAAAGAGGUUGCGGUGAAGUUUGUGAGUAAAAAGAUGCAAAAGAAGGAGCAGGUGGCUCAUGAAGCAGAUGUCCUCUUACAUGUACAAAGUCACCAGCUGGUGGCGCUGUUGGACACGUAUGAGUCCCCCACCUCUCUGAUGUUGAUCCUGGAGCUGCUGGAGGACGGUCGCUUGCUGGAUUAUCUCGUCGCUCAUGAUGAGCUGAUGGAGGAGAAGGUGGCAUUCUUCAUUAAAGAGACACUGGAGGCUCUGCAGCAUCUCCACACCUGCAGAGUAGCACACCUGGAUCUGAAGCCGGAGAACAUCAUGGUCGCCCUCCACACUCCCACCCCAAGCAUCAAACUCAUCGACCUUGGUGACGCUGUCCAGCUGUCCGCACACCGCCGCUACGUGCACCUCCUGCUAGGAAACCCUGAGUUUGCCGCCCCUGAGCUCAUCCGAGGGACGCCGGUCUCUGUAUCCACAGAUGUGUGGAGCAUUGGGGUGCUGGCGUAUGUGAUGCUCAGCGGCGUCUCCCCAUUUCUGGACGAAUCUCCGGAGGAAACCUGCGUCAACAUCUGCCGCCUGGACUUCUGCUUCCCGGAUGAGUACUUCAGUGGCGUGAGCCAGGCGGCGAGGGAUUUUGUGUCGUCUGUGCUGCAGCAGGAUCCCAGGAAGAGGCCGAGUGCUACGUCCUGUCUGCAGCACCCGUGGGUGGGUCGAGGGGGCGCACACGGGGGGGAGUACUCCAAGACACCCCUGGAUACAACACGUUUGGCCACAUUUAUCGACAGAAGGAGACAGCUGCAUGACGUUCGGCCCAUCACUAAUAUCAAAGGGCUGGUGAGCAGCAGCAUGGGGAACACACUGUGACUGAGGGCAGAGCUGAAGAACGCAGUCAACAGCUGAUUUAAUCUAUGUCAAGCAUUUAAUUGUCUUUUCUAUUUAUUUAUGAGUGACUGAGAGCCAGAUUUGGUGCCUGAAUCCUUCCUGUGGUGCAAAAGUUUAUCGUCUCUCAGCUGUAGGACCGCCAGCCUUUUUACCACCUCUAAAGCAGAGAAUAUUCAACUCUUUUAAUGUAUAAUUCUUAAUUUCUGAAUAACAUUUCCUCUGAUUUUUGUCCACCUGGUAUCAACUAUUGCAGACAAAACAGGCCCCAUGAGUCACCAAAAACCCUCAAUAGAAACCCAAAGAAAUGUGUUCAAACAGAAGAGAUAAAGCAUUUAGAACAAACACACUGUGAGCAAACAAGAAGACAACAUACUUAUUUAUAUUUUUAAUUCUUAUUUUUCCAGGUAGAGGUGACAUAAUGGAGUCUGGGUCUUGUUAUGAUGAUAAAAGUGAAGCAAAUUCUUCCUAUUCCCCUGAAUUUGGAUCAAACAAAGUUUGGUACAUUUUCAUGGAUAUGCACUGUGCAGGCAAUUUUUGUCCACUAGAGGGCAGUCGGAUAGUUCUCUGACAAGUCAACCUAUUUGGAGUAGACAUCAGGAUUAUGUUACAGCAGUUGUGAGCAUCAUGGCGGCAGAAAAACAGCAAAAGUAAAUGGAUUAAAACAUAGUGUUGGUAGCGAUUCAUAUAGUUUUGACAUUAAUAAAAUAUUGAAUUAGAUAUUUGACUGGAGUAAACAAAAUUCUAGCCAUGCAAGUGUAGAUUACCAUCAGUGUCAAUGUUUGACUGAGGUGGUUCUAAACAGAUGCCUCUUGAGUGCAUUCAGUUGGAGGUCUUCCAGGCACAUCUAACUGAGAGGAGACCUCAGGGUAGGCCAAGGACUCAUUGGUGGGAUUAUAACUCUUCUUGCCUGGGAGCACCCUGAGAUUCACCAAGAAGAGUAUCUGGACAGACCUCAAAGUAGAGCUGCUGCUCUGUCACCUCACUGAGGUGGUUCAAGCAUCUGAUCAAGAUGCUUCCUGGAUGCCUCCCAUCUGAGGUCUUCCAGGAACACCCAACCAGGAAGGGACCUAGAACUUGUUAGAGGGAUGAUAUAUCCCACCUGAACCCCCAGGAGACGCUGGCAGUGUUGCUAGGAGAGGGGUGUCUUAGAUGACUUGCUUAGGCUGCUGCCACUGCAGUCUGGCCCCAGAAGAGCAGUCAGUGUCUAGUAUGGCUGUGUUUUAUGUCCUUGCUUUUGGCAUGGCACUACACCAGCCCAUAAUGCACCAAAACCAUCUGGCAAAUAUCUAUGUUCAAUGUCCAGGGCAUGCCAGUUAAAGGCCGGCUCAGACUACACGAAUUCAGCCAGAUUUAAGCCUGACUGCAAUGUUGCAGCUCGUCGUCAAAACUCGGGCAUGAUUUUGAGAGUCAGGAACGACUAACAGUCUUGCAGUGUGACAUAAUUAACGACGCAUCCAAGAUGCCCCACAACCACGACUCAACAAGACUAGCAUGUCAGAAUUUUUCGUACAUCGUCGUCUAGUUUGACACCCUGGCCUGACAUUAAUGACAUGAAUCCUGACGUCUAACAACAGGAGAACAGUUGCUCCUUAUCUUUGCAUCAUCAUUUACAAGAUUUACCACUUUUAUCCCAUUUUAUUCCC